AUGGCGACUACCUAUGUUAUUGCCUCUAUUGGCUGGGGCAUGGCCGUCCUUGGCUGGUUCGUGGCGCCCACCCUCAACUUUUUCGUUCCCAAGAUCCCUUCCUGGCUCAGCUGCGACGUGUCCAAGAAGCUCCGGGAGCUGGAGAUCCAUAUCAUGCCGGAGCUAGAGAAGAUGCUGCAGGCCGUUUAUCAAGAGAGGAUGAUAAAGAGAGGAGAUGAGAUGAGAAGGAAAUCCGACGUGGCGGCCCUGGACAAGAUGGCGGCCAUGCUGAGGCACGCUCGGGAGGAUGCGGAAGACAUCUUGGAUGAUCACCAGGACAUCGAGUUGUACCGCUUCAGAUUUUGGCGUCGUCUCUGCCUCAUAGUGCAGAACGACAUUGACCGCUUCAAUAGGAGCUGUCUGGUGAUUGCACGCAUCGUCCGGAGGGGAUCGGCUCGAUUCAACCGGAGUAUCGCACCCAUCAUCCGGAGAAAUGCAUUCAUCAUCAGGAGAAAAUCAGAGGAUGUACUUCACGUGGCUGCCAGUGCUGUGGCCACCUGCAUUACUCACUUCAACAAGAGCUUCAGGAGCGGAUCAGCUCGGCUACUGCGGCGGGCGCGGAACAUCUCCUUGUGGAGGCAAGAGGAUGUACUCCCUCGGACAACCAAUACUGUUGCGCCCUCCCAUGAGACCGUGCCAGUGAUUACCAGUUCUGUGGCCUCGGAUGGACCAGUUCCCCUUACUACCAGUGUUGCGGCCUCCCAUGGACCGGUUCUGGCGGCUACAAAUGAUGUCCCCUCAGACGACCCUGUCCCGCAUAACUCGGUGGGUGCUGCCUCACAAGAAUCAGUUCCAGAGCCUACCAAUGUUGCUGUUUCAGACGAAUUAAGAGUUCCGGUGAUUGCACCCUCGAAUUCAGAGUCGAGCUCCUUAGAUUUCACUGAGGGUGCGGUCUUAGAUGAACAAGCAGUUCCGGCGACUGCAUCCUCUGAUUCCAUUGGGUGGGGGCUCUCUUGGUGGUGCAACUUCUUCAACUUCUUCAAGAACUGUUGUAGGUCCAUAUUAUAUUUGACAGGUCAUGCAAUUAAGGCCGCUCACACUUAUCAGGGGUGCUCCUAUGACGUGGUUGGCAUCACAGAUUACCAGGAGAAUGCCACCGCAUUAGAUUCUGUCCUUACUAUUAUUUCAAGACGGAACUUGAAGAAAAAAAUAGAGAAGGUAGAAAGCAUGGUUAGCGAAGUGAAGAAGUCAUCACUCUUGGGAGCGGGAAGCAAGAACACACUGAGUGAUACGGCCAACAAGAACAGGAGCAAAAUUAGAACUGCUAGCAAACGGAAGGUAUUUGGUCGGGAGGCAUUGCGUGAGGAUAUCAUGGCUAAACUCCGUGAGACACCACCCAGCUCGAGCACUAGACCAUGCUACUCGGUGAUUGGCAUAUAUGGCAUCGCAGGGUCCGGGAAGACUACCUUUGCACGAUAUACUCGAGAUUACAUAGAGGAGGAAUGCAAGGAGGAGGAACUUUUUGACACCAUCAUGUGUAUUCAUAUGUCUGAGACUUUUAGUGUGGAUGACAUAUUUCAUGAUAUGCUGAGGGAUAUUACCAAAGAUCGGCACUCCAAUAUUUCAGAUCAUGAGGAGCUGGAAGAGAAGUUGAAGAAAUCAUUGAGUGGCAAACGUUUCUUCUUGAUAUUGGAUGAUAUCUGGGUGAAGACAAGGAACGAUCCACAGCUGGAGGAACUAAUCUCUCCGCUCAAUGUUGGGAUGAAAGGAAGCAAAAUUUUGGUGACGGCUCGAACAAAAGUUGCAGCUAGAACUCUAUGCACUGAUGAACCUAUUAGAAUGCCUGAUUUAGAUGAGGAUGGAUACUUGUUGAUGUUCAUGCAUUACGCAUUGGGUGGUACAAAUGUCGUUGAAGAGGAAUUUGUACCAGUCGCGGGGGUGAUUGCAAAAAAGCUACAUAGAUCACCUAUUGCGGCUGUAACAGUGGCAGGACAGCUUAGGGCACACCCAGAUAUCCUCUUUUGGAAAAACACUGCAAAUCUUGACUUGUUGAAUGACACCAUGGGUUCUCUUUUCUGGAGUUAUCAGCAGCUUAAUCCGGACAUCAAGCGAUGCUUAGAGUACUGCCAUAUUUUCCCCAGAAGAUCGAUGUUGACAAGGGCCGAGUUAAUUCAUCUUUGGAUUGCACAAGGGUUUUUAAAGACCAGCUGUGCAACAGAGGACAUGGAAGAUGUAGCUGAGGGCUAUGUUCAAGAGUUAGUGUCGUGCUCAUUUCUGCAGCUAGAAAAAGGCUCGAUUGAUGAUUUUCUAAAGACCGACCAAUUCAGAAUUCAUGAUCUGAUGCAUGAUUUAUUGGACAAAAUCACUGGAAGGGACUACUUCAUAAUCGAGAAUGCAGAGAGUGAUACAGGAGAAGGUUGGAAAGGAGUUGUUCCAAGAGAUGUCCGCCAUCUUGUUGUUCAGAAUUAUGAUGGAGAAUUGAUUAUUAAGAAGAUCCUUGGAUUGGAAUGUUUACGCACUCUCAUUAUUUAUCGUGUUCAAAGGAGUAGACCAGUUGAGGUAAAAUUCUUUGAGAAUAUAUGCAAGAGGCUACCGAAAUUGCGGGUAUUGGCCGUUGAACUCAGCCUGGAAUAUGAUCCACUCGAACAACCUAUUAAGUUCUCGAUCUCAGAGUCCAUUAGUCAUUUAAAGCACCUACGCUAUCUUGCUUUGACGACAAAUUUGAGAUGUACGGUAUAUUUACCAUGGGCGCUAACUAAACUUCACCAUAUCCAGCUGCUAGAUUUUCAUGGAGAACCUUGGGAAUUUGCCUUACCUGGCCUUAUCAACCUGCGGCACGUGUUCUGUUCGCGAUAUGUAAAAUUUCGUAACAUAGGCAGCCUGAUCUCACUCCGAACGAUACCAGGCUUCACAGUAAGGAAUGAAAAAGGGUGUGGGGUAAAUCAACUAAGGGACCUAAACAAGCUCAGCGGCAGCCUGCAUAUCUAUGGCCUUGAAAAUGUUAAAAGCAUGGAGGAAGCUCUUGAAGCAAAUCUAGCUGCCAAGGAACGGCUCACUAAACUGACAUUGUCAUGGGAUGGUGAUGAUGGUACAAGGUGCAGUCCAGAAGUUGAAGCAGAUGUACUUGAAGGCAUGUGCCCUCCCGCUGGGCUUGAAACACUAUUUAUCGAACGCUACAAUGGUACGAGGUACCCAUACUGGAAUGGUACCCCAAAGGACCUGCAAAACCUUCUUUUCUUGGAAUGCGGCCAACUCGGAUGUUUUCCUGGACUUGAGGCUUUCCGUCAUCUUCGUUUGCUCUGUCUUGUUCACUGCGACUGGUACACCUUACCAGGCAAUAUAGCGCACCUCACAUCACUAAAGGAACUGUAUAUCAGAUGUUGCCACUAUAUCCGGUCGCUUCCAACACUGCCACAGUCGCUUGAGGAGUUUGUACUUCUAUUCUGCAAUGAUGAGUUCCUGGAGUCUUGUCGAACUGUAGGACAUCCAAACUGGCAAAAGAUUGAGCACAUCCCCAAGAAAAGAUUUCAUAUGUCCUUUGAAGAAGAAGAAGAACGAGAAGCAGAAGAAGAAGAAGAAGAAGAAGAAGAAGAAGAAGAAAGCAUUGACUAG